AUGUAGACAUUUACGUGAGAUAUAUAUCUAUGAUAUAAUAAAAACAACACCAUAACGAUCAAGUUUUAUCAAAAUAUUUUAGGUAUUACAACUGCUAUUUAUUGGCGUGUGUACGUCUCAUAACUCAGUCGCAUGCACUCUCACCGUCUCCUAUUGUUAACAUAUCGUUUUUGUUAUCUAAUUUAUUAAUUACCUUCGAUAUAAUAGAUAUAGUCGGGCUAAUGAUGUGGGCAGUUUUAAGCCUAGCUUUGUUGAGUGUGGUAUUGGGUGAUACUAUAGCGAUGGUUCAGGUGAGAGUGUCCGACGGUUUGUUAGAGGGAGAGAUGGUGCAAAAUGAGUAUGGUGGCUCCUACUACAGCUUCAAGGGGAUCCCGUACGCACAGCCUCCGCUCGGUGACCUGAGGUUUAAGGCUCCUCAACCGCCAAAACCAUGGGAUAACAUCCGCAGCGCCAAAGAAUUUGGUCCCCGCUGCUUCCAGUACGAUUUAUUUGUAAAUAAAGGAGAGGUAUCAGGAAGUGAAGAUUGCUUGUACCUAAAUGUGUAUACUCCUGACGUCACCCCCGAAAAGCCUCUUCCAGUAAUGGUCUGGAUUCAUGGAGGAGGUCUAGUGUCUGGUUCCGGCGAUGAUUUCGAAUACGGUCCCAAAUUUCUUGUAAGACAAGAUGUUAUUCUAGUCACGUUCAAUUAUCGACUUGAAGUACUUGGUUUCUUAUGUUUAGACACUGAAGAUGCGCCUGGAAAUGCCGGUAUGAAAGACCAGGUAGCUGCCCUUAGGUGGGUGCACAACAACAUCGCCAACUUCGGCGGAGACCCUGACAAUGUUACAAUAUUCGGUGAGAGCGCUGGUGGGGUCAGCGUCACAUAUCACUUGAUGUCUCCGAUGUCCAAGGGACUAUUCCGAAGAGCAAUUGCUCAGAGUGGUGUCAGUGUCUCAUACUGGGCACAGUCUUAUAAACCCCGUGAAAGAGGCUUUGCAUUGGCAAGGAAAUUAGGGUUCAAUUCUGAUGAUGUUAAAGAAGUGUACGAAUUUUUAAAACAACAACCUAUAGAGAAUUUAAUAAAAGCCAAGGUUCCCAUAACUUAUUCCGAAAAACAAAGAACAAAUGUUGAAGUAUACUUUAGCGUGGUUGACGAAAAACAGUUUGGGAACAGUGAGCGAUUCUUCUACGGAGACAUGGUCGAUGCAGUGUCGAAUGGCAUUCAUGAAGGAGUUGAAAUUAUGACAGGAUACACUGCGGAUGAAGGGAUAAUGGGUGUAGCUGUUUUUGGCGAUUACAAAGAAAGUUUAGAACAAGCCAAAAACUUUCCCCAAUUUUUCGUGUCUUACCCAAUGUCACUUACAUUGUCAACUAAUGACCAAUUGGAGCUUGGCAACAGAAUAAAAGAAUACUAUUUCAAAGAACCGAUUAGGGUACCAGACCACUGGGAGAAUUUGAAAGAUUUUUAUUCAAUGGAUAUAUUCGUAUUUCCAACAAUGAGGUGGAUUAAGUUGAGUGCGCGUUCCAAGAAGAACAAGAUAUAUUUGUACAAAUUCACCUGUGUGACAGAACUAAAUAUUGUUUCUGAGCUGAUGGGAGUAGGUCAUCUUGUUGGAAACAAACCAGUGGUGGCUCAUUCUGAUGAUUUGAUGUAUUUAUUCAGUGCCAUACAACAACCUAUACUGGACAUGAAUUCUGAAGAAUUCAAACAGAUUGAGGUAGUGACAAAGCUGUGGAGCAAUUUUGCCAAAUAUGGCAACCCUACUCCAGACGACUCAUUAGGUGUCGUAUGGGCUCCAUACUCCUUAGAAAACCAAGAUUAUCUGGACAUUGGCAACGAUUUGAAAACUGGACAGGCACCAGAUGAUGAAGAAAUCAAAUUUUGGGAAAAUCUGUUGACAGAAUUUGGAGAAAAGUUGUAUUAAAUACGCUAUAUUGUAUUGCAAUGCUAUUUAUCUUUUAUUUAUUUUAAAUACUUUUGUUUAAUCACAGAUCCAGUUUAUAAUCCUGUUGAAGCAAUCGCAUACUAUUGUAAAAUUUGAUAAAACAAGUAAACAGAUAAUUUUGUGAGCAUUUGCAAUUUAUUGCUUUAUCUUCCUGAGCAUCAAAAAAACAUGUUACAUCAUUACAAUAUUAGUCACUCCAACGUACUCACGGGUUUCGCUGUUUUGAGCUAGAUAACGACAUAUAUUAUCAUAUAGAUUCAAGAUCAAGACACAGAAGUAUUGACAGAUUUUGUAUGGUAACUUCCGUGAGAUAUUAAAUUUAGUGAAAAUAACGCCUUACCCACUCGAUUGAGAAAGAAGAAUGAGAAAAGUCCUAUUGGUCAGGAAUAAGAGUCUCGUGGUAACAUUUUAUUGGUAGGACUUUCAGGAAUAAUCUAGGAGUCUCGUGAAGUGACUAGUAAGUUGUUAUAUUCAAUCAAUUUAAGCAUUUAAAGUCUUAGGAUGGCUACAUAAUUUCAAUGGUAUUUCUUUGCA